AUGGAGUGUCCGAGCGGAUAUCGACUUUUUGUACAGGAAAGGAUGCAUCAUAGAGACGGGGGGGGAUACCCCAAUUCUAUUAACGUUCAGUACACUCGAAGGCAGCUCGCGGUUAAACAAAGAAACGUCACCGAUAAAUAUCAGAACGAGCGAAACCAUCAAAGCCAACUUCAAGGAUUAUUCUCUGCAUUUCCGCAAUACGAAUUGGAGAGUCCGGUUACCAGUACGUGGAGAAUAGAAAAAACGCGUUACGGGUUUCUGCUAAAGGCUGCUCGGGGAUGGGAAGGCGGUAGCCUACGAGUUCGUGCAGGCCCAUUUCCACUGGGGCGUAGUCGGGGGGAGCACGAAGAGUGUUAUUAUGUUCAAUGUGUAAAUGGGCUUAACAAUUACGAUGAAGAAAAAUUACUUUAUAUACUUGACUGUGAUAAAUCUGAAGAUUCUUAUAUAUCUAAAUUUAAAGAGGAUGAUUGUGAAAUAAUUGAGAUUGGACCUAGGAUCAAUUAUUCUACACCCUUUUCUACUAAUUGUGUGUCAAUAUGCAAAUCCUUGGGCAUGGAUAAAAUUGAAAGAUUGGAAAGAAGCAUGAGAUAUUAUAUGUUUUAUGAUAAAAAGAAUUCUAAAAUUGAUAAUUGGAUAUCCUUAGAAAAAUUUAGAUUUAUAAAUUCUAUCUGUGAUAAAAUGACCCAAACUAUAUACCCAUUUCCAUUAGUUUCCUUUAAAUCUGAAUUUGAUGAAAACUAUUCCAAUGAAAACAAAAUAUGCUAUGACAUUGAUGUAAUGAAAUAUGGUAGGAGUGCCUUGGAAACAUUGAACACUGAACUAGACUUUGGAUUGGAUGCGGACGAUAUUGAUUCUUAUGUCCAUCUUUUCAAAGAUCAACUCAAGAGAAAUCCCACUAAUAUAGAAUGUUUUGAUCUCGCUCAAUCUAACAGUGAACAUAGUCGGCAUUGGUUUUUCAAGGGUAGACACGUGAUCGAUGGAAAGGCCAAACCGCUCACAUUAAUGCAAUUAGUCAUGGAUACCCAAAAGCAUACCAACCAAAAUAACGUCAUAAAAUUUAGCGAUAAUAGCAGUGGUAUACAGGGAUUCGACGUAAUAGAUAACAUUCCGAGUGAUCACGUGAAAACGAGCCCGUAUAAGGUCACGACUCAAAAAUUGCACGUUAUAUUGACCGCGGAAACGCAUAAUUUCCCCACAGGAAUUUCCCCUUUCCCUGGUGCUGCCACUGGCAUAGGUGGUAGGAUGAGAGACGUUCAAGCAACGGGUCGAGGAGCUCAUGUCAUUGCAGGAACUGCUGGAUAUUGUGUUGGAAAUUUGCUUAUUGAAGGUUUUCCUCUCCCCUGGGAAAAUCGCCAUUACGCCUAUCCUCCUAACAUGGCCACGCCUAUCAAAAUUUUGAUCGAAGCGAGCGACGGGGCCUCCGACUAUGGCAACAAAUUCGGGGAGCCAAUUAUUUCCGGUUUUACUAGGAGUUUUGGGGCCGAGUUUUACCGAUCUUCAGGACUAAAACAUGAGGUGGAGAGACGUGAAUGGAUUAAGCCUAUCAUGUUCACUGCUGGUAUUGGAAGCAUACCCGAUCCUCAAAUCCAUAAAUUGCCGCCGGAAAUAGGUAUGAGAGUGGUCAAAUUAGGAGGUCCGGUUUACAAGAUAGGCCUUGGCGGUGGCUCGGCGUCCUCUAAGACCUCUAAUCACGAAAACCAGCCGAAAUUGUCCAACCAUUCCUCCGAUCAGGAUCGAUCCGAAUCGGCCAAUCAUUCUGAUUACCCCACCAAUAACCCAUCAAUCAAUACAUUCUCUGGCGGCGAUUUGAACGAUUCCGAUUUCAACGCCGUUCAAAGGGGAGAUCCAGAAAUGCAACAAAAGAUGAAUCGAGUUAUAAGGGCCUGUUCUCAAUCUAGCGAUCCCAUCAAUGGAGCUAAUUACAAUCCUCUCUUGAGCCUGCAUGAUCAGGGAGCAGGUGGCAAUGGAAACGUGCUGAAGGAAUUGGUGGAACCUCUGGGUGCCCUGAUUAAGUCUUCCGCCUUCACCUUGGGCGAUGAUUCAUCGGGUCCUCUGGAGAUCUGGGCUGCCGAAUAUCAAGAGAGCAAUGCAGCGCUUAUCGCCGCACCUAGUCAAGACGAUCAAAGCUUAGUUUACCUGAGUCAAAUUUGUGCCAGAGAAAAAUGCGGCUUAGAUGUUGUAGGUCACGUGACUGGAACGGGUAGCAUGGUCUUCACGGACGAUAUACGCCGGGAUGCGAGAGGUUCUGACAGUACGAAAUGCAUAGAUCUCCCCCUCGAUCUCAUAUCCUCAUCCUCUAGGCAAAAGAUUUUCCAUUCAUCUUUCCCCACUGCCCUAUUCACGCUAGUGAAAACCGGAUCACUUUCGACGUUGAUUUCGGAUUCGAAGUCGCAGUGUCAAAAUGGUGACGAGCGGUGCUCUAACGAUGAUAGUCAGCUUUGUAUAGACCUAGCCUUGGAUAGGGUCCUUAGGUUAGUCAGUGUCGGCUCUAAACAGUUUCUGACGAAUAAGGUUGAUAGAUCUGUAAGCGGUCUCGUAGCCCGUCAACAAUGUGUUGGCCCUUCUCAGCUUCCCUUAGCUGACGCCGCCAUAAUUUCCCUCUCGCAUUUCCCUUAUCCGCAUACUAGUCUAAUCGGUUCGAUGCUACCUACUCCUGAUGUUGGCCACUCUACCCUGGACCUUAAUUUUGUUUGGCGCGGUGCCGUAACGGCGAUUGGCGAGCAGCCUUUUAAAAACGCUCGUAUGGCCCUCGGGGAAGCCAUGACAAACAUGGCCUCUUGCAUUAAGAUACCCGAUAGAAGGGACAUUAAAGCCAGCGCUAAUUGGAUGUGGCCAGCCAAGAAUGGGAGCUCUGUUGGAGGAGGAAUAGAAUACACAAAAACAGAAACUGACACCGGAACCGCCAAAAAAUUGAAGGGCCUCGCAAACGGGAUCGAUUCCAAAGACGGAAGCGACCGACGAGGAAAUGAUGGAGAGGGUGCGGCCCUCUACUUGGCUUGCGAAUCGCUUUGUUCAGCUGCGGCCAAUGUUGGCAUUGGGUUUGACGGGGGCAAGGACAGCCUAACUAUGGCAGCCCGAGUACACGAUAAAGGGUUAGAGACCGUUGUCAAAGCUCCAGGAUCCGUCGUAAUUUCAGCUUACACUACAUGCCCAGACAUAACCAGACAAUUCACGGCUGAUCUUAAGUGCUGUCCCUUAGAUGAAGGAAACCUCGCACACCCUAGCACCCUGAUUUGGAUUCCAUUUUCUCAGCCCAACUAUGAGGCUCGUUGCAGGAUUGGGGGUUCCGCUUUUUUACAAUGUUUUAACGCUUUGAACCCCAUUUUUGGGUAUGAUGGCGGACCAAACCAAUGCGCGGGAGACCUAGAUUUUUCUGGAACGUUUUCUACCUGUUAUAAAGAUUCCUGUCCGCUUUUCCAGUGCCCGGACAUGGAUGAUCCUCAGCAAUUUCGGGACAUUUUCGAUAAAUAUCAAAGCCUCCUCGAUGUAGAUACAAAAUACGGUAGACCCGUGGUUAAAUCUAGUCACGAUGUAAGCGAUGGGGGAUUAUUAAUAACUAUUUUGGAGAUGGCUUGGGCUGCCCAGCACCCCACCGAUAUCAAGAUUGACGUGGUAGAAGAGCAUUUCAAAUCUUUGAGCCCUCUUCAAAUUAGCAAAAUAGAUUGUGUUUUGGCGUUUCUUUUCGCGGAAGAAUUGGGAAUCGUUGUUCAAGUAUCCGAGAACGACGUCACAACAGUGAUAGAAAAAAUGGCGCCGUUCAAAUGUCACGUGAUUGGGCAUUGCUACGAACGUGUUGCCCCUAAAAAUGGGUCGCCUUUUGAUCCCAUUAAAUCCGAACAAAUUCUCCGGAAGGUCGUGAAUUGUAAAUACCACGAAAGGAGUAAAGAGGAACAACUCGUCCGAGACUUGGGAGGACCCCAGGUGUCCAUUUACUCGGGUCAAACUAAAGUUUACGCCGAAACCCUUUUGCUCUUGAAACGGAGGUGGGAAUCGCUAAGCCACGCUUUAGAAAAAAUGCAAAUACCGAAUGGUUCGACGUACGCGGACAACGAAAGCGUAAUGGAGAGUUUACACUUUUUGAGCCGAUUUCACGCCAAGGCUAACGACGUUGAAAAUGGGAACGGCAAUAUUGGAGGAAACAUUGGCUUCUACCUGACAUCGUUCGACAUGAAUGAAGUGGAUAGGAGGUAUUCGAAAACUUUGGAAAGCCUCGAAAAUGUAGCACUUAAAGGUGAAGUGACCGAUUUACCGAUGUACCACGAUAUCAGGGUUUUUAGAGUAGCUAUCCUGAGGGAGGAAGGCACCAAUGGCGAUAAAGAGUUGAGCUCACUCAUUAUCAGCGCCGGCUUCGAGGCUUGGGACUUGACCAUUACCGAUUUCCUUUUCGCCAACGAAAAAAAGGACGCGAAAAAUUCGAAAGACCACGCCCUAUUAAACCCGGCCCUUUUUAGGGGCGUCGUUUUUCCGGGCGGCUUUAGUUACGGGGACGUGUUGGGAUCCGCCAAAGGUUGGGCUGCUACUAUUCUUCUAAACCCAACGAUCCGUUCUCAAUUUCAAGCCUUUUAUCGGCACCCGAAUACUUUUUCGUUCGGUGUUUGCAACGGUUGUCAACUCAUGGCCGCACUUUCCUGGGUAGCACCCGUUCAAAAAUCUGUCCACGAGAAAAAUUUAGCCAUUUUAAGGGACCAAUAUACUAUGCCGGGCCUUAAACUCAAGCCAAACGACUCUGGUCGGUUUGAAAGCCGAUUUUGUCGGCUCGAAAUCCAUGAAUCCCCUUGCAUUUUUACUCGAGGUAUGGAAGGAUCCGUGCUAGGAUGUUGGAUAGCUCACGGAGAAGGCAAAAUGGUCUUUAAAAACGAUACUCUAUAUCAGGGAAUCAAAGAUCAAAAGCUGAUUCCACUCUCCUAUAUAGACCCUAUUUUUUCGAAACCCACUAUGGAAUAUCCAUACAAUCCAAAUGGUUCGAUAGAGGGAACAGCUGGAAUAUGUUCGCAAGAUGGUCGGCAUUUUGCCCUUAUGCCGCAUCCUGAAAGAUGUUUCCUCUCCUGGCAAUGGCCUUACAUACCUUCCCCUAUAUCUCGGGCUAUUGGGAAUGUCAAGAAUGAUCGUGACAAAUGUCAGAAUGAUAUCGGUGAUAAAACUCCUUCCCUUCGCGCAUUUGAUUCACUCUAUGCUGGUUCGGCGUCUCCUUGGCUCAAAAUGUUUCACAACGUUUAUGAUUGGUGUCUAAUAUAAAUAAUCAGAGCUAUUAUAAUAUCUAAAAGAAUAUAUAUC